UGUUUUUUAAUUUUUUUUGUUGGGUAAUUGGCAGUUUCUUCAGUCUACAUUUACUGACUCACUCAUUCAUAUGACCCCAUUAUAUCUAUCUAACCUUUUUCAGUUUUCAAUUCACUCCCAUCAUCAGUCCCCUCCACACUUACACCAACUUAGCAAAACACCAAUCCCUCAUAAUGUUCAGUCCCACAGACACACAGCAGCAGCAGCAGCAACCCAACAACCCACUCAAACAACUCUUUGCCACCAUUUUCUCAUACGACGGCAAUGUCUUGCUUGCUGCCUUGGUCUCUCUUCUUCUCGUCAUUCUCUUUGUCCUCCUCCUCCAUGUCUACGCAAAAUGGUUCUUGGCCCAAGCUCACCACAGGCGCCGCCGCAGCUCCAUGACCGUCUCCCGGGUUCUCGGCCCUAACCGGUUCCAGCAUUUCCACACCUUCACCUUGGAUCCUGGGUUCUCGGGCUCUGCGUCGUCGAAAGGCCUCGACUUGAAAACAAUCUCUGCAAUUCCUCUGUUCGUGUACAAAACAGAGGAGAAGAAGGAGGAGCGAAAUUACGAAAAUGGGUUUUUGGAGAUGGAGUGUGUGAUUUGUUUGAGCCCGUUUGAGGACAAGGACGUGGGGAGGAAUUUGCCCAAAUGUGGUCACUGUUUUCAUGUGGAGUGCAUCGAUAUGUGGCUGGGUUCACACAUGAACUGCCCAAUUUGCAGAGCUCCGAUAGUGACCAGCGCUGAUGGGAUUGGGAUGGGGAUUGAUACGACGUCGGAUCAGGCGGUGGGUGAAGAAGAAUCGGUUGCAAUUGAUGUUCUGGAUUCUGGGUAUGUUGAAAAUGAUGAUCUUGUUCGUGUCGGGGUGAUGAGAACUGAUUCUGAACCCACAUCUUCAUCUUCUUCUUCAUCCUCGUCCUCAUCUCCAUUAACGGUGGGUUGUUCAUUGAAGAGAAUGCUGAGCAGAAACAGGCCAGAAAUCAGCAAGGUUUUCCCAACCACAAAUGGGAAUGAUCACAGCAACCAAAUGGAUGAUUGAUUGAAAUCAGAGAGAGAUUUGGGGUUUGUUUGUAAACCAAAUUUGUAUAGAUUUCUUGCAAGCAAGCAAGCCAUACAUGGAAUCUGUUUUUGUGUGUGUUGUUUAUUU